AGGAAGAAGCACACAUCUUUUGUUCUGCAAUCAGAAUACAAACGCACACAUUUUUGCACAAAUCAAUUCGAAGUAUCGAGUCACAAUGAAUCCGUAUCGAAAGAAAGGAACUUUGGGUGGAAAGGCCAAAAAACAUAAAUCCAAGAGGAAGCCAAAGGAAUCGCAGAUUGAAAUCAAACAAGAAAUAAAACAAGAGCCAAGUGACGGUGCCUAUUUGAUUCAGGAGAGGCCAUCAUCACCUCAAAUUGCGACGAAUGCAACCAUCAAGUCGGAAAGCGAGAGUGAUAGUGAGCUAGAAUUGGAAAGUAAGCCGAGUUAUAUGAAGAAAGAGGUCAAAAGCGAAGACGAAUGUUUGAAGAAAAUGUGUGACCCGACAAAGGAUGGAAAUGGAAUGGUAAACGUUGAUCGGAUUGGGGAAAGUUCAAGCAGUUUGAGACCAAAUUCGAAAGGCGAUCAGAACAAAAAACGUCAAGCAAAACGAAAGGACUCAAACGGCGUCAAGAAUGAUCGAAUGGCCAAAUCUUCAGAGAAGUCGACUUCGAAGCAUGAAAAGAAACACAAAUGCACUUUUUGUAAUUAUGUGACAUCGAAAAAAGGACAUCUCACAUUGCACAUUCGUACUCACACAGGCGAAAAGCCAUUCGCAUGUGAAAUAUGUGGCAAGGCUUUUGCACGAAAGGAUGUUUUGAUUCUUCAUAAGAAAACUCAUGCUCCAGAACUGCCAUUUUGUUGUUCGAAGUGUCGUCGAGGCUUUGCACAUGAAAUCGAUAGAAUUAACCACGAAAGUGAAUGCAAGCAUCCUCAAUAUCAGUGUCAUUUAUGCAAGAAAAGCACUUCUCGAUUGUUAUAUCUUAAGGAACACAUGCGAAUCCACAAUGGUCAGAGACCAUUCAGAUGCCGUAUUUGUACCAAAACAUUUGCACACAAAAUUAGUCUCAACGUUCAUUCACGCACUCACACCAAACAACUUCCAUUUAAUUGCGCACAAUGUGGCCGACGAUUCGCCGAUGAAAAUGAGAAACAAUCGCAUGAGGAUCAUUGCAAAGGCCGGCGAUACGUUUGUUAUCUUUGCCCAUACAAAUGUUUUCGUAAAAGCCAUUUGAAGCUGCACAUGCAAGUCCAUCACACUGGUGAGAGAGGAUUCAAAUGUGGUGUUUGUGGAAAGAAAUGUCUUCAGAAAGGUCAUCUCAAGCAACAUUUGGCCACACACUCCAAACAAAAACCGGUCCACUGCUCAAAAUUCCAUAAAUCUUUCGCUAAAGAAGACGAUAUGGUUGCACACGAAGCACGCUGCAAGCGUCGCCUUUUUCAGUGUUAUUUAUGCAAAGUUUUAAAGCAUAAAUCACAACAAGUACAAGGUCACAUGCGAAAUUAUCACACUGGCGAAAGGCCGUUUCCAUGCAAACUAUGUGACGGUCGUUUUUCUCUAUUUGGACUAGUUAAUCAACACUUGAAGAAGGAACACGGUUUGAAGAAAUAA